AUGCCACCCUCACCCCACAAAGGGAUGAGCCCCAGAGGGCCCAGGCUGGAGGGUAGGUUCUGUCUGGUCCCUGGAGCCGAGGCUGGGGCAGAGGGUACAGCUCACCUAAUCCCUGAAAAGCCAGCUGGGGCCAGGGUGGGGAGCUGCUGGAGGAGACACGGUGCGUGCCAAGGCCCACCCUUCCUGCCCUGUGUCCCUACAGACACUAACAGCACGUCUGGAGACCCAGUGGAGAAGAAGGACGAAACACCUUUUGGGGUCUCUGUGGCCGUGGGGCUGGCUGUCUUUGCCUGCCUCUUCCUUUCUACGCUGCUCCUUGUGCUCAACAAAUGCGGACGGAGAAACAAGUUUGGGAUCAACCGCCCUGCUGUGCUGGCUUCAGAGGACGGGCUGGCCAUGUCUCUGCAUUUCAUGACAUUGGGUGGCAGUUCCCUGUCCCCCACCGAGGGCAAAGGCUCUGGGCUCCAAGGCCACAUCAUCGAGAACCCACAAUACUUCAGUGAUGCCUGUGUUCAUCACAUCAAGCGCCGGGACAUCGUGCUCAAGUGGGAGCUGGGCGAGGGUGCCUUUGGGAAGGUCUUCCUUGCCGAGUGCCACAACCUGCUGCCUGAGAAGGACAAGAUGCUGGUGGCCGUCAAGGCGCUGAAGGAGGUAUCCGAGAGCGCCCGGCAAGACUUCCAGCGCGAGGCGGAGCUGCUCACCAUGUUGCAGCACCAGCACAUCGUGCGCUUCUUUGGCGUCUGCACCGAGGGCCGCCCGCUGCUCAUGGUCUUUGAGUAUAUGCGGCAUGGCGACCUCAACCGCUUCCUCCGGUCCCAUGGGCCUGAUGCCAAGCUGCUGGCUGGCGGGGAGGAUGUGGCUCCAGGUCCCCUGGGCCUGGGGCAGCUGCUGGCCGUGGCUAGCCAGGUCGCUGCGGGGAUGGUGUACCUGGCGGGUCUGCACUUUGUGCACCGGGACCUGGCCACGCGCAACUGUCUGGUGGGUCAGGGACUAGUGGUCAAGAUCGGUGACUUCGGCAUGAGCAGGGAUAUCUACAGCACUGACUAUUACCGCGUGGGAGGCCGCACCAUGCUGCCCAUCCGCUGGAUGCCGCCGGAGAGCAUCCUCUACCGCAAGUUCACCACCGAGAGCGACGUGUGGAGCUUCGGCGUGGUGCUCUGGGAGAUCUUCACCUACGGCAAGCAGCCCUGGUACCAGCUCUCCAACACCGAGGCGAUUGAGUGCAUCACGCAGGGACGUGAGUUGGAGCGGCCACGUGCCUGCCCGCCAGAGGUCUACGCCAUCAUGCGGGGCUGCUGGCAGCGGGAGCCCCAGCAGCGCCACAGCAUCAAGGACGUACAUGCCCGGCUGCAAGCCCUGGCCCAGGCGCCUCCUGUCUACCUGGACGUCCUGGGCUAGGGGCUGGCCCAGGGCCUGGGGCUGGGUAGCCGGAAUACCGGGGCCUGCCCUCCGCAACCCCCAGAUCUCCCACAGCCCCAGGGUGAUCUCAAAGCAUCUAACUCACCCUCAGCAUGCAGGGGGGACAGGUGGGGGCUGGGGGUAGAGGAUGUUCCUGCUUCUCUAGGCAAGGUUCCGUCAUAGCAAUUAUAUUUAUUAUCCCUUG